AUGAAGAUCAACAACCUUCUGCUCGCGGCGGCUUCGCUGCUGAGCUCCACCGUUUGGGCUCUGCCCGGUGAUACUUCUCUUAAGGAGAGAGACGCCCCGAGCCGGCUGGUUUUCGCUCAUUUCAUGGUUGGAGUUGUUAGCAACCGAAAGAGCGCGGCCGACUACGACGAUGACAUGAAGAGAGCGAAAGCCAUGGGCAUCGAUGCCUUCGCUUUAAACGCCGGAGAUGACGACUACACGAACGAUCAGCUGAACUAUGCCUACGAGUCCGCUGCUAACAAUGACAUGAAAGUCUUCAUCUCCUUUGACUGCAACUAUUGGGGAACCGACCGGGCCAGCGACAUUGGCAAGAAGGUCGCCGACUAUGCCGGCAAGCCUGGCCAGCUUAUCGUCGACGACAAGCCCUUCGUGUCUACCUUCCUCGGUGACGGCCUGGACGUUGCGGCGUUGCGCUCUGCCGCUGGCCAGGAGAUCUACUUUGCUCCCAACUUCCUUGCUAGUGCCGAUGUCUCCAAUGUCGAUGCUCUGUUCAACUGGAUGGCCUGGCCCAACAAUGGCCACAACAAAGCCCCUAGCGACGGCAACCAGCUGGCUGUCACUGACGGAGAUAAUGCUUAUACUUCGGCCCUGGGUGGCAAGGACUACAUUGCUCCCGCUUCGCCUUGGUUCUUCACCCAUUUCGGCGCCGAGGUCGACUACAGCAAGAACUUCGCCUUUCCCUCGGAUACCCUCUGGUACGACCGCUGGAACCAGAUUCUGGACCUCGGCCCUCGCUUCGUGGAGAUCAUCACCUGGAACGACUACGGCGAGUCGCACUACAUCGGACCACUCAGCUCGCCGCACACUGACGAUGGCAACUCCAAGUGGGCCAACGACAUGCCCCACAACGGCUGGCUCGACCUCGCGAAGCCCUACAUCGCCGCUUUCAAAGCCGGCGCCACUUCGGUGAACGAGUACAUCACCGACGACGAGCUGGUCUACUGGUACCGUCCCAAUCCCCGGGACACGGACUGCGACGCCACCGACACCUGCAUGGCCGACGCCAACAACGACUCCGGCAACUACUUCAAGGGCCGUCCCAACGGCUGGGAGUCCAUGGAAGACUCCGUCUUCGUGGUCUCUCUCCUGAAAUCCCCUGCCACCGUGCAAGUCACCUCCGGCGGAAACUCGAAGUCCUUCGACGCCCCUGCCGGCGCGGCCUCGUUCAAGGUCGACAUGGGCGUGGGCAAGCAGCAGUUCUCUGUCUCGCGUGACGGCCAGGAGGUCCUGUCCGGAACCAGUCUGAAGGAGAUUAUCAAUGGCUGUGUUUGUGGGCUGUAUAACUUCAAUGCUUAUGUUGGCACUCUUCCCGCCGGUGACGCCGACGCCCUUCAGCCCGAGGCUUUGACCUCCCUCACGGAGGGUCUCAAAGUCGAUACUUGCCAAGCUACUCCCUCCCUUGCGGCUUCUGUCCCUGCUGCUAUGGCUUAG